UUGCGUUGUAUGUGCGUGCGACUGCUUUCCCAGGCUUUUGCAUAGCAUUGUUUUAAGGUUUAAACCUUAUUCUGCCGAUAUGGCAGCCACAGCACCGAACCCGGAGGAUUCGAACAGAAGCAGUGGCAGUGGAACCAGCCCACCCACUGUACUCGCGGGGGAUGGCGAUUCAGAGGAGGCCGAAGAUUUUACAUCUUCAACCCACUGCUCAGAGCUGUCUCGUCGGCAGAAUGAGCAGAGGAAGACCGGGUUGUUCUGCGAUGUGACGUUGGCCUUCAGUAGCGGGGCGGCCAGCGAAAGGGUACAAAGUUGCGAGUUCACGGCCCACCGUUCGGUUCUGGCUGCAUCUACGGACUAUUUCACCCCUCUACUGGGGGGGCAAUUUUCUGAGUCGCUGUCCGGGCGGGUGGAUAUGAAAGAAUGGAGCUCUGAAACGGGGCCCGACCCAGAGACAGUGGAAAGCGUCAUACAGUUCAUGUACACUGGUGAAAUACGAGUGAGCACCGCCAACGUUCACGAAGUAUUGGAACUAGCUGACAGGUUCCUGCUGGUGCAGCUGAAAGACUUUUGUGGUGAGUUCCUGAAGAAGAAGCUGAGCCUGGCUAACUGCGUAGCGGUGCACAGCCUGGCCCACAUGUACACGCUGGACCAGCUUGCCCUGCGUGCCGCUGACAUGAUCAGACGCAACUUUCACAAGGUCAUCCAAGACGAAGAAUUCUACACGCUCCCCUUCCACCUGGUGCGGGACUGGCUGUCCGACGCCGAGAUCACCGUGGACUCGGAGGAGGUGCUCUUCGACGCUGUCGUCAAAUGGGUACAGCGCAACGCUGAGGAGCGAGAGAAGAACUUUGAGGAGCUGUUUCGUCUCCUCCGGCUUCCCCAGAUCAUGCCCACCUACCUGACCCAGGUGGUCAAGAAGGAGCCCCUGGUGGCCAACAACGCUGCCUGCCUGCAGCUGGUGUCUGAGGCCGUGGAGGGCCACGCCAUUCGCUUUGAGAACCUCAAGUCAGUCGACCUAGAGUUCUGGGCGUCACACAUGGCAGCCUUCCAGCCGCGCUUCGGACAGAACAUGGACGUGAUCAUGGUGGUGGGCGGGGUGUCUGAGGGCGGCGACUACCUGAGUGAGUGCGUGGGCUACUUUGUGUACGAGGACCGCUGGGUUAACUUGCCCCACAUCCACAACCACCUGGAUGGCCACGCCAUCGCCACCACGGACUCCCACGUUUACGUAGCAGGCUCCAUGGAACCGGGCUUCGCCAAGACCGUGGAGCGUUACAACCCCAACCGCAACACCUGGGAACAGGUGAGUAACCUGACCACGCGCAAGCACUCCUUCGGCCUCACCUGCAUCAAGAACAUCCUGUACAGCAUCGGCGGCCACGGCAACUUCAGCCCGGGCUUCAAGGACGUGAGCGUGUACGAGCCCGAGCAGGACAAGUGGCACAACCUUGAGUCGGCGCCCAAGAUCCUGCGCGACGUGAAGGCGGUGAGCGUGGAGGAUCGCUACGUGUAUGUGACGGCCCGCACGCCCGUGGACACGGACAACGAGGACGGGCUGAAGACUGUGACCACGCGCUACGACACCGAGAGCCACCAGUGGCAGGAGGUAGACUCCCUGCCGCUCAUAGACAACUACUGUGUGUUCCAGAUGGCGGUGGCGCCCACCAACUUCUACCACACAGCCUCCUGCUGCCCCAAGAGCUAUGCCGUGCAGGACGAGACCGCAAAGCAGAAGAUCAGUGCUCGCAUCGCGGACGACAUCCUGGAGAGCCUGCCGCCUGAGGUCACCAGCAUCGAGGGCACCGCCAUCUGCUACCUGGGCGACGACGUGUUCGUGAUCGGUGGCUGGAAGAACAGCGACGACGUGGACAAGCAGUACCGCAAAGAGGCCUACCGCUACUGCGGCGAGCGGAAACGCUGGAUGCUGCUGCCGCCCAUGCCCCAGCCGCGCUGCCGCGCCACCGCCUGCCACGUACGCAUCCCCUACCGCUUCCUGUACGGCUGCCAGCGCUACCCUAUGCCACAGAACCUGGCGCGGCAGCGGGACCGCAUGCAGCAGAUGCAGCAGCUCCACCGCCGCACACUCACCCUGCGCAGGCAGCUGCAGUCGCAGAUCGAGUGCUGAACUCCAUUCCGUCCUCCCACAAGCGGCAGCAUUUCAGUGUCCGAUUCCCAUUCUCCUUUCAGUACUGUCCCUCCUGUCUAAUAUGCAGUUUGUUGAUAUUGCCACGCUUUCUUUGGUUGCUUUUAAUUUUUUGGCUCAGGUUUGUAGAAAGGUGAGAGAAAGUGUCUGUGGCAGUUGUAUGUGACAAUUAGCAUAGAAUAAACGUAUGACCAGACAAUGGAAUGAUACGCCAUGUAAAAAGGACAUUAUUUAUGUAUGCUUUUGGCCUUAUUAAAUAUGCCUUCUCUUAAUAUAUGCUUUAGCGUUUCCCAAACUUGGUCCUGAGGAACCCAAGGUGUGCACAUUUUGGUUUUUGCCCUAGCACUACACAGCUGAUUCAAAUAAUCGACGCUUGAUGACGAAUUGAUUAUUUGAAUCGGUUGUGUAGUGCAGUGGAGGCUGCUGAGGGGAGGACGGCUCAUAAUAAUGGCCGGAACGGAGCGAUGGAAUGGCAUCAAACACUUGGAAAACUUGUUUGAGUUAUUUGAU